AAUAUUUUCAAUUCUGACUAGAUGCGAAAUGAGAAAAAAAAGUACUGGUUUGUAAAACAAAGAUCUGUUUUUAAUUUUUUUUUUACUUUUAUAAGUUAAAAAAGUUUAAUAAAUAAUAAUACUAACUAUAUUUUAAGGCAUCAAGACCAAGAUAUUAUUUUUAAAAAAUCAACUAAUACUAAUAGCCCUGCCAUAGAUAAAUUUUUCGACAUAUAUCAUAUAUGCAUACAUAAUAAUGUAUAUUUAAAGAUUCUAAUAUUUAAUUUAAAUUAUGUCCUUGAUAUAUGGUUGGGAAAAGAACGAGAGUGCUGAAACAUACAAAUCUCCAAAAGAGAAAUACCAUUUGUUUGGGUCUUACUUUAAAAUAAAAUUUAAAUAACAAUAGUAAUAGUAAUAGAAGUGAUAGAAAUACUAAAUACUUUAUUAUUUUUUUAUAUUUUUUUAUAUUUUUUAUUUUUAUAUUUUUUUUAUAUUUUAAAGUAUAGUAUAAAGUAUAUAUGUAAAUCUAAUAUAUUUUUAUAUUAAUGUUGUUAAUACUGGUCAUUUGAAGGAAAAGUCAUUAUCAGCCGAAAUAUUUUCAUUUAAAUCUAAUCACAAUUAAAGUUAAAGCUUAGCAUUUUCAUUCAUUGUUUUUCAUACUAAUUGUUUGUGUCUUACUAAUCUACUUACAAGUACAAGCUUUAACUUUAACGCAGUCCAACCCUGUCAUAUUUAGUUUGACAUGUAGGAAAUGGCAAAUGCUGAAUUCAGUGAGGACGAUAGUGUUUGCAACUCCUUGACAUUUGACGAAACUUCUCGUUAUUUAAAUCUACAUUGACUUGAAAAUGAGUGAUACAUUUAUUGUAUUAGGUAAAUUCUUUUUGCAUAUCGGUAUUUGGAGGAGCCAUAAUUUCAAAAUGGUGAACGUAACAAAAGGUGUUCUCGUAGAAUGUGAUCCAGCGAUGAAACAAUUUCUCUUGCACUUAGAUGAAAAGAAUGAAUUUGGGAGGAAAUUUGUACUUCAGGUAUUUAUUUCGAAUUUAGGUUUAAAUAAUAAGUUAAUAAAGAAUUAACUUAAAAGCACCAAAUACGAUCCCCCUUGCCCCACUUAUUACUUAUUUAAUUUAUAUAACUAUUUGUCCUUAUUAUUAUUAUUGGUUAUUAAAAACUUACUUAAGUGACUAAAUUAAGUUUUAAGUGACUAUGACUAAGUCAAAGUCAAACUCAAAGAUCAAUUGCAUAAGCCAAUAAGGGUGCCGCCAUAAGCAAAGUGUUAAGUCUAAGUUCUUAACUUAACUGUCUUUUUUAAUGUAAUCUUAAACUUUUUAAAAAUUAAUUCUUUAUUGUCUUUAAUGAAUAAUCUUAACUGUCUUAGCCUUAACUCUUAACAGAAUUUAACUUUCAAUUUAUGACAAAUUCAAUUUCAAUGAAAUUUUCAAGUAAGUUUAAGUAAAAAAUGAACUUACAGUUACAAUAAGUCUUACUAAGACUACUGACUACUGUCUAAACAGAAGAAUGAAGAAAGAAUAAGAAAGUGUCUCAGUACUCUCAGUCUCAGCUUUGUCACGUAACCGCUAAUAGUAAUAGUCGAUCAGAAAAAUGGCGUCGGAGAUAUAUGUGGGCAACGAGUUUACUUCAUUUAUUCAUUUGACUUGUAUAUCACAAAUGUAACAUGAUUUUGGUCUCAUUGAUCCCUGUGCCAAAGUGUCCUCGUUUUAUAGCCAUUUUAAUUGUUUCUAUAGCAUAGUAGUUUUUAUCCUAGUGUCUCAUUUUUAUUUUACUUAGUUUCCAUGUUUUUAAUAAUUGUAAAGCGCUUAGAGCUUUAAGGUAAGCGCUGUAUAAAAAUGCCUAAAUAAAUAAAUAAAUAAAUUUCAACAAAUAGGGGUGGGGGAAGCGAUUCAUUGUGGAAGUCAGAAAUACUGAGAGCAAGAGAGAUGGGAUAAAAAUGAUAAUGGGGGUGAUAAAUAAUUUAAGCGGGGAGGUUGAUAGUUCACAAAGAAAUAGACCCUGCAUCUUAAUAUAGCGCCAAUAUAGUGUACUGUUGAAGCAGCUUACUCUUCUCACACAAUAUUAAAUAGCCUAAAAUAAAACUUUUUUGACAUAGAUCUGUUAAAAGUCAACUGGUAGGUAUUGGUCUUAUUUUGUUUGGUUCAUAUUUUAAAUUUAUGCUACUAGGUAGAGCUUUAUAGACAUUUAAACCAGAGGUAUAGCUAAGUUAAUUCAAAUUGAAAAGCUUAUGACUUAUGAUGCACUUUACAUAUCUCAGAGCAUUAGAAAAUAUUACCAUAUUCAGUAUUUAUUUAUUAUCUAAGGAUCGGCUGACUAAUAUAUAUACACAAUAUUGGAAUAUAAUAUGUAAUGCAACUAUUUUGCCGGCGACUUCAUGUCACAUGACAUGUCUGCCGGAAUAAUAACACAUACUAAUCGUUCGGUGGUCAAGUGACAUGCCCGCUGGAAAAAAUAUCUCCCGCACUAUUUGUCCGGUCGCCGGACAUAUAGACACUGCCUAAAAUUUAAAUACUCCUGAUCAGUGUAACCUGAAAUUGAAGUCUAGUUUAAAAAUUAAAAAAAACAGUAAUUUAGGGGCCUACACUGAUCACUUUAAAGUUUAAUUUUAAUAAACUAACUAAAAAACUAACUGUAGCUUACCACUACUUACUUACUGCCUACUGCUUAAUGAAACUGCCAACUAAAAUAACAAACUUAUAAUUUGAUAACAACAAUCAAAGAAAAGUUUUUGAAGCCUGUCGAAAUAGCCACUUUAAAAAAAAAAAUGUUAAAGAUAAUAUGUACUUUGACUGACAUUUGUUAUUUAAAAUAACCUAUAAGAAAUUAAAAAAAAAUAAAUUAUAAAUUGGCAAAUAACAUUAAAAUUCAAUGCAUUUUUUUUUUUUUUUUAAAUCUUCAAAUCUAAAAUUAAAUGCAUGAAUUAUAAAUGAAUACAACUAAAAUUUCCCAUAAAACUAAUACAAGCAUACUAUUACUAUGGAUUAAAAGUUAUUAAGGAUGAACAAAUUAUUUUGCCGUCUUCUCGGAUACUACUUUUCAGCUAAGUGCUAUUUUUUAAUUUCAGAUUUCAUCUGUAUCUACACAUCUAACUAAAAGUGAAAAUCAAAAAUGUUUUGUCCUUGGCAAAGCACUAUAAAGUAGUAGUUAAGAUUUUGGGCUUUUGUACUUGUAUAUCACAAAUGUAACAUGAUUGGUCUCAUUGAUCCCUGUCUAACCUCUGCAUUUUUAAAAAUUUCAAUCCUCGCAGGACCUGGAUGACACCCAUUUGUUUGUAGCUGCUGAAAUUAUAGAAACCUUGCAAGACAGAAUUGAUGAGCUGAUGGAUCAGAUGUCUUUUUCAAUUGCUGAGAAAUAAAUUGCUCAUUUGGAUGGUAACCACCAAAUUAACGUUUUCCACCUUAGUGAAUACUGAAAAAAUAAUUAAAUUAUGUUUGCUGAGAUGUCCUAUCAAAUUAAUAAUAUAUUGUUGAUGUUGCAAGCAAAGCUUAAUGAUUUUUUUUCAACUUCAUUUUCAGGCCAACAUACUGCAGUUACUGCUGAUCAAAUAUUAAAAAAAAUGUUUUUAAGCUUUAAACCUUUCAUUACAAAAAAAAUAAAAUAAUUCUAAAUAAUCAAAUAGAGGGGAAUAAGAGAGAUAAUACAUUUCCUUUUUGUAUUAAUGACUUAUAUCAACUCUUGGGAGACACCUUACUAAAUUUGUUUUAUUUAAAAGACUCAAAUAAAAUUUACACAAGGAUUGUAAAAAAUUUUUAAAAUAAAAAUCAGUUUACAAUUUAAAAGUUUUUAAAAUGGAUGCAAAGCAGAACAAUAUUUCAAGAGAUUCUUUAGAGGUUGAACCCCCCACAUUGAGUGUUUUUGAAUUGUUGACAUUGUUUCAUGGCAAUGAGGAGAAUCUGAAGUAUUACUUAAGUCUGAGAGAAAGUUUAAUGGUGCUCAGAGCGGCCGGCAGUUUUUGCUGGUGUGAUCCAAAAGACGAGGGGAUGAGAAACAUGUUGGACACCAAGAAGUGGGAGCCUAAAAUAACUUUGAGACGCAUGGCUUCAGAGGAAGCUGAUGGCUAUGGUUUUACCAGCAAACAAACAGCACUAGAGGAUGUCUUGACGAGUGAGGAUGGGCCAGAGAAUAAUGGGAAUGCUGGGGAAAGUCCUGCGGGGGAUGCUGGAAUGUCUUUGGGGAAACAAGCAACAGAUAGGUGAGGAAUUGUUAAAAGACAAUGACACUUUUUUUUUUAAAGUUUGACGUAAGGUUUUUAAAAAAUCCAAAUUGCUACAUAUAUUUGUUUCGACUAAAACAUGCAUUCAAAAAUUGACAAUUUUUUUAGGUGAAAUGUUUGUUGAAACAUUAUUAUUGGUAAAAAUGUUAUCCAUGUUAUUUGUUUUAGUCAUGUGCUACUGAGCUUGGCAUUUCCUCUCUUUCUCAUUAUUUGCAGUGACAGCUUUAUUUGUGGUGUGGAUGGAUGCAAUCAAACAUUCACUUCAGUUGCCAAGUAUGUGUCCUGAUCAACCUCAUAAAAUCAUUAGCUGUUGUGUUUGAAAAUAGAAUCUUAUUACUUUAAUUCUUGAAGAUUUAGUCAUUGGCCGCCCUUUUUUACAAAUAUGUUAUAUAUAGUAUAAAGCUGGCGCAGCUAGGUAAUUUUCGUACAGCUAAUCUAAAAAUAAAAUGUUGUGUGUCUUUCAGCGUUAAAAUGAACAAACAAGAGAGGAAAUACCAUUUAGUUACAGUUAGAGUUGCUUGUGUUAUGUCGGUUGAAGAUAAAAGUGGAAGUCCAGUGUUGUACUGUUUAUCCACAGGUAUGAGUCACACUAUCACAACAGUCAUAAUUUCAAGUGUGCCACCUGCAAGCGGACGUUUGUGUCCAACUUUCUCCUGGACAUUCACCUCCAGGAGAAUCACGAUUCAUACUUUCAGAUCCUUUCUCCCAAGAUCGACAUGGUAAGAUAACUAUCCUAAAAAUCAACAUCAUCUAUGGCACUACAGCCAGUGCAGGACUCUGACAUGCUGCAUUGCAUCCUUCCAUUCAGACUGAUCUAGGGCUUUUAUCUCUAUGGGAAAAUCAUCAGCUUACGUAAAUCUAUCUGUACAUUAUUGAUUCGUCUCAGUCUUGGUCCACCUGCCACUUUUGCAACUCGGAGCUUUACAGGUGAAAAUCAAUAAAUCAAAUCCUUGUCAAAGUUAUAUGUCAAAAUCCAUUUAUGUCCAUCCAAUUUUUCGGUUUUUAAAUAUAUUUUUUCCAUGACUGAGUCGUUAACCCUGCGAAUAAGCACCAGGGUGAAUAUAUCCAUCAGCUCUGAUUGGUAGCCACCUUGUUUUAGGUCAGGUCCUUAGUCCUUCUAAAUGCCAUUACUGACUUCAAGGCACCGAUUGCUGACUUUGGUCCGCCCUGUGUAUUUUAUUUCCCCAGUAUCCACCAUCUGUGCGGAGGCGCCCAAUAGGAAAUCAGCCUACCCACAUGAGUUUAAUAACAAGUGGAGAGGAGAUAAUAAUCAUGUCUCUUUGGAUAGACAAGUAGAGGUUCCCAUCAUUGCAUAUGUCAAGUAGAGAUAAUAAUUAGUUAAUCCAGAGAAGUCUAAGAGCAGAUCACCCAGGAACAUAGUAGAAAAGAUAGAAACAACUCAUGGGCUCUUGAUUUGAGAUGGAUUGAUAAUGUAGAGUCAAAUUUAUAGGAUGUUGUUUUUUUUGGCCAGGGCCAUGGGCUGUAGCACCAUACAGAUGGAUAUGAUAUAAUGAAAAAAUAUUAAAAGCAAUAUACACUGUUAUAAACAAUAAUUUACAGAUGAAAACGCUUGGUUUUUUUAGAGCUGGGAUGUUAGUAUUCAUAUGAGUUAAACCAUUAUUUCUUUUCUAUUAUCAAUUACUAAUUGUAUCAUAUUUUAUCGCUGUUGUCUGGCAGAAAGCUGUCUCCUAUCAGUCAUCAAUCACAAAUUGUAUCAUAUUUUAGUACCGGUGUCUGGUAGAAAGCUGUCCCCUGAAGUUCAGAACCCAAGAACUACGCAAAGACCACCUAGUAACACAGCACAAGUAUCCAGCGAAUUUUGCUUUUCACAGGCCUCUCAAGUCAAAGUAAGGACUGAAGAGUGUUCUAAAAAAUUCCUAACAUAAGUCCCUUAUCUUUAUAUCCAUAAGUGGCAGCAUAUUUGUAACAUUAAUAUUACUUUUGCAUUGAAUUAUGUAGAUAUGCUAUUUCUUAAAUGUCCAUUAGGGACACAAUAUAUUAUUAAAGUAUAGGGGCCCAUGCCAUCCGUUUAUUAAAGUCUCAGGUUUGAACCAUUUCAAUAAAGUAACAUUCAAUUUUGUCACACUUUUGUCAAUUAAAUUCAUUGAAACAUAGACAUUAAAAUUACUAUGUUUAAAAAAAAUAUAUAUUUUUUUUUAAAUAUCACAAAAUUAUGAGUUAUAUUAUGUCAUUCUCACUAUGCUGAGCCACUUUUAUUCAUCAUGUUAAUCUGAAGCAUUUAAUUGUACCAAGAUUUUAAUAGGAUUUUUUUUGUCCCCAGACCAAAUGAUAAUGGAGACGGUGGUGUUAAAAAAUCAUCAUUAAACUCAUCCAUGGAUGUAGAUGUGGACAUUGAACAAAAUACACAAAAGAUUGCUACUGGAAAGUCAAUAGGGAACAACAGCAGGGGAAGAAGUAAAAAGUGAGACUCAUAAAAUAAGGGAUGUUUAAUAAAACAAAAUUGUUUUCCAAUAUAUUGGUUUUGAAUAAAAUAUUGGUUUUAUUUUUUGUGUAAGAAAAAGAAUUGAAUUUAGAUGUCAUUAAUUUUAACACUAAAAGUUUAUAUCAGCUAUUAAAUUAAAUGACAUGAAAUCCCUUGCAACCACAUCCAUUCCAUUCUUUGUCAAUCUCUUGUCAUGUUAUAAUGUAUUUAUAUUAUUAUUUUUAUAUUAUUAUUAUCAUUAAGGCAAAUAAAAUCAACAUUUAUUUAUUUUAAAGUCAAGUUUCUUUAAAUUAUCAUAACAUAACUAUUGAAGACUUUUGUUUUUAUUGUUGUACAGUUAAAUUGGAAUUGGUAUUAAAUAAACACUUUGUUUAUAAUUGAAGUUCCAUUUGACACAAUUAAAAAAAAAAUAAAGUAAUAAUAAUUUUCUACAUUAUCUUGAAAUGGUUGUGCUCAAAUUAUUGAAAGUCUGUGAGCCAAAGGGUCAGUAAUCUUAUAUGAGUUGUCCUAUUGCUGCAGUAAUCUUAUAUGAGUUGUCCUAUUGCUGCAGUAAUCUUAAAUGAGUUGUCCUAUUGCUGCAGUAAUCUUAUAUGAGUUGUCCUAUUGCUGCAGUAAUCAUAUAUGAGUUGUCCUAUUGCUGCAGUAAUCUUAUAUGAGUUGUCCUAUUGCUGCAGCAAUCAUAUAUGAGUUGUCCUAUUGCUGCUGCAAUCUUAUAUGAGUUGUCCUAUUGCUGGGGAAAUAACAAACCAUGCCCUAAGAAAAAGUCUAUACAUAAAUAUUAAUAUUUUUGUGUAAAUAGAGAAUUUAAUAACGACUUAUUGUGGAGUGAGAUUUUAAACACCUGAAGGAAAAGUUAAACACAGUGUUGACACAAUUUAUUAUAAGUCCCAAUUGAUAUAUGUGAAAUAAAGUGUCAGAAAAUGAACUCUUCUUUUUGGAAUUUAAUUUAAUAAAUUUCAACUUUUAAUAAUUAACUACCCAAUGUUUUUGUUGAAAACUGGCAAUUAAAUUACAUUUAUAUUGAAGGUUUUAAUUGGCCAUUUUCUUAUAAAUUUAAUGUUCGACACAGCAAUCAUGCUGUGAUAUCCUCUUGAAGCUGCCGAGUUUAAUAUUUUAUGAUGUUGAUGUACCAUACUGUACUUAAAAGGACUCCUUGUGUGCUUCUUUAGGGUUCCAUCAACCAUCUGUUUUGGACGAGGUGCCCAACGGGGAUUUCAACAUCGCCCCCGGGGAGCAAAGGGUCGUCACUGGCAUCAGAGUGCUAGCAUGGACGUGGAUACAACUGUGGAUAUUGAGAAAGUUGACAUGAGCGACCUGGGGGAUUGUCUUGUGGAUUCAUGAUGACGAUUUGAAUAAAGAAGAUGUAUUUGUUUUAUUUCAUUCUGUUAUUUUAUUUCGUUAUUCACAUUUUUGAUUGUAUAUGUUUUAGUAUCAUUGACUCAUUUACAAACAGUUGUGUGUGAUAAAACUAAAUUAUUGUUGAAAUGCUGGAUGUAGCUGGUCAUUUCUGUAACAUUGACAUCAACAUGACAGAGCUGUACAGAUUGUAAUGAGGCAAGACUAACAUAACUAAAAUAAUACCUACAACGACUAAGCA